GAAAAAAACAUUCAUCGGAUAGUCCAGGACCUGGUUAGACAUGAUGAGGGUUGCGGUCCUGGUCUUGUUGACCAUUCUUGUUUCAUUGACAAGGGAUAUAGUUGGUUCAGGAUCUGUGUCUAAUGACCAUCCGUCGAAACAAAAACAAUACGAUGAAAUUCUGAUUGGCUACACUUCAAAAUCGAGCAGUGAAGACGUACCAGACUUGGCCAGGCUCAAGAGCUUCAAGAAGAUCGUAAAUGGGAAAUCAUCGCCAUUCUUCAAAGACUUAAAAGUAGUCGAUGAAGUUCAGAAAAUACUCAAUCACAAAGGAUUCAGAAAAACGGGUGUUUUUGAUUUGCUUGAUUAUGAAAUGAGACACCAAACGAUAAAACUAUAUGAACUGUUCUCAUCAGUAAGCGAUUGGCGAGAUCUGAAAAACAUUAUAAAUGCGCUGAAUGGCAAAGUCCAUCCAGAGCAGUUGAACUAUGCUCUCGCAACGACGACAUUCCACCAUUUUAACAAUUUCCGACUCGCACCUCCAAAUUGGUUUGAAGUAUAUCCAAAUUAUUUACUACCUGCUGCAACAUUGCGAGAAUUGUAUAGAAGGAAAAUGAAAGGGAUGAAAGAAACUGUCAUUUAUGUCAAUAUCGCAAACGAGACUGUCCAUGGGAAGAACAGUUACUUCAACGCGUUCAGCGACACUGACCCAGAGUCAAAGCUGAGGUAUUUCAGAGACGAUACCGGCCUUUCGAACAUGUUCAUCAACUGGCACAUGCAUUUUCCGAACUGGCGGCCAGUCGGAAAGAUCCCAAAAACUCAAAGCUGGGAAGACAGGGGCCACUUGUUCUACUACUUCCACCAGCAGCUACUUUCGAGGUACAACCUGGAAAGGAUCAACAACAAAAUGGAACCGGUCGAUGGCCUCAGUUGGGACAAAGUAGAAAUGGGAAGAUAUGUCUUGGACUUGCUCGACAAUGAUGGAGACCCGAUACCCGGCAGGCAUGCAGGUGCACCAAAUAUACAAAACACUUGGUGGAAGCGUGUCAACGAUUUAACAGGGCUGCAACACAGAAUAUCACAAGUCGUCGAUUCCAACCUGAUUCUAACUACGUCCUGUUACCAUUUGGAAGAGCUGAGAAAAGGAUCCGAAAUAUACCAACUUGGCAACACCAUCCUCGGAACUGGAAAUUCUUCGCAUCCUGAAUACUACGGAUCAUACUUUUUUGAGGGCACCGACGCGGUUAAUAUUAUGGGCAAGGGUGACAUUGCUGAUAAUAAAGAGCCAGGGUUCUUCUUCAAAAUGCUGACAACUUUAAGAGACCCCAUUUUUUAUUCUAUGUUGGAAAAUAUAAGAUCUUUUAUUCAAGACUACACAAAUACAUACAUUUCUAAUUAUAAAGAUCUGGAUGAAAUGUAUGAUUAUGAAGGUCUUUCGCUUGAUUCUGUUAAAAUAAACAAUGAACUUACCACAUAUUUUGAUUAUGAAGAAAUAGAUGUGACAAAAGUAAUCGAUCUUGCUCCAAAUGAAAAACUAGAGGAUAUCAAAUACAAAGCCAAGAUUUUGAAAUUAAACCACAAACCUUUCAGCUACACGGUUAAAGUAACAGCGAAUAACAGUUACUUGAAGUCGAAUAACACCGGAGAACCACCGCAAGUCAUGUUCCGCCUGUUUUUGGGGCCGAAACACGAUUGGAAGGGAAGAUUGAUGGACUUCCAAUCGGCGAUUCACUACUUUGUUGAAAUUGACCGUUUUCCUAUUAACUUGAAAGAAGGAACGACAGAAACAACUAGAAACUCCAAGGACUCUUCUAUUUAUGUAGAUGGCGAAUUAAACUAUGCUAAAGUUAUUGAAAUGAUGAAAAGUGGCAAAAGAACAGGAAAAGAUUGGAACCUGGACUACACUAAGGAAAUAUCAUUUUGUGGUUUGCCCAGUAAUCUCAUGCUACCCAAGGGUGAGCCUCAUGGAAAUAAAUUCAGAAUAAUUAGUCUGAUAACUCCGUUUAAGCCUGAGGAGCAAGGCGAAGUGAUCAGGGAAUUCAAGUCUUUCCCACUUUGCGGAAACUUGAAGAUGAUGGACCACUGGACUGGAUUUCCCUUUGAUAGGAUUGGAUCGAUUCACGAUGAUUACUUCAAACCACCGUUUGCUCUUCAACAAGAGCUUACAAUAUUUCACACAGAUUGAAGAAUUAUAUUUAAUUAUUUUAUUUAUUUAUUGCAUUUUUUAAGGGACUCUUAUAUGAUGUUUGGAUGAGAUUGUUAAUAAAACAAACAUGUUGAACUUAAUUAUUAGAGCCAUAAUUGUGUAUGAGGAAGACUAUUUUAUUAUUUGAUUAUUUUAUUAACUAUGUUAAUAAUAUUUUCUUGAAAAUA